AUGGCCAAUCCCAGCAUGUACUUCAACAUUGCUGUCGAUAAUGAGUCCCUGGGCCGGGUUACUUUCAAGCUCUUUGCAGACAAGGUUCCAAAGACAGCAGAAAACUUUCGUGCUCUGAGCACUGGAGAGAAGGGAUUUGGUUAGAAGGGAUCCUGCUUUCAUAGAAUCAUUCCUGGGUUCAUGUGCCAGGGUGGUGACUUCGCACGCCACAAUGGCACUGGUGGCAAGUCCAUCUAUGGGGAGAAAUUUGCUGAUGAGAACUUCAUCCUGAAGCACACUGGUCCUGACAUCUUGUCCAUGGCAAAUGCUGGACCCAACACAAAUGGCUCCCAGUUUUUCAUCUGUACUGCUAAGACUGAUUGGUUGGAUGGCAAGCAUGUUGUCUUUGGCCAAGUGAAAGAAGGCAUGAAUAUUAUGGAAGCCAUGGAGCGUUUCGGUUCUCGGAAUGGCAAGACCAGCAAGAAGAUCACCAUUGCUGACUGUGGACAACUCUCAUAA